AUGGAGAGCUUCACAGAGUCACUAAACAGGCUGAAAGAGGUCCACGAGAACGAGGUCCGAGGUCUGCAGAAUAAGCUUCUGGAGCUGGACUCGGAGAGAUGCCGGGACGCACAGCGGGUGGAGGAGCUCUGCGCCAAGAACCACCAGCUGCGGGAGCAGCAGAAGGCACUGAAGGAGAACGUGCGAGUGCUAGAGAACAGGCUUCGGGCUGGCCUGUGUGACCGCUGCAUGGUCACCCAGGAGCUGGCCAGGAAAAAGCAGCAGGAGUUCGAAACCUCCCUCCUCCAGAGCCUGCAGCACGUCUUCAUCCUCACCAACGAGUUGAAUCGGCUGCAGGGGGAGAACGAGACAUUGAAGGAGGAGGUGAAGCGGCUUCAAGGCCCACGGCUCAAGUCCCAAUGCAGGGAGGGUGCCUCAGACCCCCCCUCACCCCUACUACUCCCCUCCCCGGGCACUUGGAAGGCCAUCAAGGAGAAGACGCUGGGAGGCCACGAGGAGGCCCAGGAUGACCAUCCAGGUGCGAGUCCCCAGAGACAAGGUGCUCUGAGGGACAAGAGACCAGAAAGCUGGACCCUGCAAGAUCGCGGAGCCCUCGGGGUUGGGGGGGCUGCGCCGCCCACCCGUUUGAGGGCCUCCCAAUCUGGCCUGCCCACCACCUCUCCUCCCACAGAAAAGUCUACAGGGUACAGGACAUCUCCAGUAGCCAAAAUCUCCCCGAGUGCCAACCUGCCUGAGACUCGGGCCCCGGACAUGAGCCCCCAGCGAAUCUCCAACCAGCUUCAUGGGACCAUUGCUGUGGUGCGGCCGGGCUCUCAGGCCUGCUCCACUGAUCAGGGCUCCACCAACGGGACCCCCCCGCUGCCACUGACCAGGAGCAGCCUGCCCAGCCCACCCUAUGAGCACAGCCUCCCUCUGGACAGCUUUCUGCCAGCCUCCCGGGCCCCCAUCGUAGCCUAUGAGUCCCUGAAGCGCUGCCUCCAGGCUGACCACCUCUUCCUCCUGAACCACCACCUGUCUCUGCACCUUCAGAGCCCGCCCUGCAGCCCCCAAGCACCCCCCACGGCCCCCCGUGGCCCCCGCCCCCAGGGCCUGAAGGCUGGGGAGGCAGAGGCCUGGGAGGAGUCAGCGGGCCUACUGGGGCUGCCCGGGGCCCUGGUGGAUGUGCGGGACCCUCGGCUGGAAGGGGCACUGCACCUGCUCCUCUCCCAGCAGCUGCGGGCACAGGGGCAGAGGGGCAGCACCCGGCUGAGGGGCCUAACCACGCCAGGGGGGACCCCACCCUCCCCACCAGUCAGCUCCGACUCGGAAGGCCCCCAGGGCGAGGCAGCGGGGGCAGCCCCGUCUGGAGGGGGACACGCACAGCCCACAGGCCCAGGCAGCCCCAGGGGACAGGAAGCCCCAGCCACACGAGACCAUGUCCCAGACAAGCCCCUGGACCUUUCAGAGCGGGGCCGGGGCCGGGAUGCCCCAAAGCCUCCUGACCGGCAGGGCUCUCCUAGCCCCCCAAGUGCCCACACUCCCAGCCCGGAACCAUCCCGGGGAGCAGAGCCCCCUGCCCAGUCUGGACCCUGGGAACUCAGCAAUGGCACAAAGGGGGCCAGAGCUCCAGAGUCAGAAGAGCCCCCCACCCCUGCGGAUCCCUCCCAGCCUCUAACAGGGCACCACCGAAACACGCCCUCUCCAAGCGGGACAGGAGUGGAGCUGAAAGGGAGGCCAAAACCUCCUCCCCACCCACACGGGCCUGAUGCCGAUGGUCCCCCUGGCAAGGAGCUCAGCAAGGCCGGAGUGCAGGGGCUGGAGUCAGACGACCUGGACGCGUCAGAGCCCUCGGACAAUGAGGUGGGCCUGAGCUCCGAGGUGGGGGCCAAGCCGAGCACGCCAGGGGAGGGGCCCAGGUGCUCCUACACCAAGGAGCUCGGGCAAAGCCUGCCGCAGAAGAGGAAACGGGCCUCGGGCCCAUGGUGCAAAGCCUCCAAGAAGCCGCCACCAGGGAGAAGGAACCCAGGGGAGCCCCUGACAGCUCAUGAGGGGUCCGGGAGCCCAAGGCACCCUGAGGACAGCAGCCCCUCACCCAGCCACAGCAGCUGGGAGGAGACUUAG